UACCAUUUUUUUAUGGGCAAGAAAAUGAAUCUUGGUUCAUGGCAAUGGCCUUCUUGUACUCAUUCCAAGACUCAAUCUUUUAGAGCAAACAACGACAACAGCAUUUUCAAGACUAUAAAUUCAAUCUUUUUAGACCCUUCAAACACUGAUCAUCAUCAUCAUGGGGUUGUUGAAAUCGAAACAACACCAGAAUCUUGGUUCACAAAUUCCUCAGAAUCAGCAAGUUUUUCAACAGAGUCUGAAGAAACAGGGGAACCAUUAAUGGAGUUAAUCAUUAAAGGGGUUCGCUCUGAAAGACUGUUUUUUGAGCCAAAUUGUACUAGCUCAUUAAUCUUAGAAGAUCGUAAUCAGAAUCAGAAUCAGAAUCAGGAGAAAUUAAAAGAAAUUCAAGAAGAUGAUGAUGAAGAAUUGCCAUUUAAGGAAAGUGUGGCAUUGGCAUUGGAAUCAGAGGAUCCAUAUUUGGAUUUUAAGAAAUCAAUGGAGGAAAUGGUGGAUACACAUGAGAUUAAAGAUUGGGAAUCUUUACAAGAAUUAUUAGGAUGGUAUUUGAAGAUGAAUGGGAAAAUUAAUCAUGGUUUUAUUAUUGGUGCUUUUGUGGAUUUGCUUAUUGGAUUUUCACCUUCUAAUUGUGAUUCAAUUACUUGUUAUUCUUCUGCUGCUUCUUCUUUUUCUGCCCCUUCUUCUCCUUUAUCUUCACUAGGAAACAAGGAGAUUGAGGAGCAACAAAAAGGAGGGUAG